UCAAAGUUUCCAGCCAAGUGACUGUUUCUGUGAGAGGAGGAUGGCAUCUAAAAGCUCUCUACCUGAAGAGGAUUUAACCUGUCCUGUUUGCUUUGACAUUUUCAAGGAUCCCGUCGUUCUUUUGUGCAGUCACAGCUUCUGCAAAGACUGCCUUCAGAAGUUCUGGAGAGAGAAGAAAUCUAAAGAGUGUCCAGUUUGUAGAAGACAAUCUUCAUUGGAUAAUCCGCCACUGAAUUUGUCUUUGAGGAACGUAUGUGAGUCUUUCCUGAAGGAGAAGAGUCAGAGGGCUUCAGGAGGGUCUGAAGUGCACUGCAGUCUGCACGAUGAGAGACUCAAGCUGUUCUGUCUGGAGGAUAAACAGCCCAUAUGUGUGGUGUGUCAGGCUUCCAGGAAACACUCAGGACACCAGUUCCUUCCCAUAGAUGAAGCUGCACUGGAUUAUAAAGAACAACUCAAUGCUGUACUGAAGCCCUUGCAAGAGAAACUGAAAGAAUUUAAACAAGUUAAAGAAACAUGUGACCGAACAGCCAGUUACAUUAAGAUCCAGGCCCAUCAGUCAGAGAAGCAGAUCAAGGAGGAGUUUGAGAAGCUUCAUCAGUUUCUGAAAGAUGAAGAGGAGGCCAGAAUAAGAGCACUGAAGGAGGAAGAGGAGCAGAAGAGUUUGAUUAUGAAAGAGAAGACUGAAGAAUUGAGCAAGGAGAUGUCCACUCUUUCAGAUAAAAUAACAGCCAUUGAGAAGCAGAUGGUUGCUGAAGACAUAAUCUUCUUACAGAACUUCAAGACUCCAGUCUGUUUUCCUAGUUCUACGUGCUCACUGCAAAAUCCACAGGGAGUUUCAGGAGCUCUGAUUGAUGUGGCAAAGCACCUGGGCAACCUGAAGUUCAGAGUCUGGGAGAAGAUGAAGGACAUAGUUCAGUUCACUCCUGUACUGUUGGACCCAAACACUGCACACACAUCGCUCAUCGUUUCUGAGGAUCUGACCAGCUUUAAAAGGACAUAUACUAGACAGACACUCCCUGAUAAUCCAGAAAGAUUUGAUGUCUAUGAGUGUGUCCUGGGCUCUGAGGGUUUCAACUCAGGGUCACACUACUGGGAUGUUGAAGUUGGAGACGGUAGAGCAUGGUGUGUGGGUGUGACCCCAGAGUCCAACCAGAGGAAGGGGGACACCUUCACAUGGGAGAGAGUGUGGCGUGUGGGGUAUAAUGAUUCUAGAUGGUAUGAUGAAUCUGGAUGGGAUGAUGAUAUGGGACAUUUGCAUGCAUUGGAACAGAACCUCCACACACUCAGAGUGCAUCUGGAUUUGGAUAAAGGACAGCUGUCAUUCUCUGAUCCUCUACAAAAUACACACUUACACACUUUCAAACACACAUUCACUGAGAAAGUCCUUCCCUUCUUCUACAGCCCUGUGUCACUCUUCGACAGCUUCAGGUCACCACAGAGUAUUUUACCACUGAAGCCCUCGGUGACCAUUGAACAACGCAGAAUAUGUUGA